UUCUCCCCGCGGCGUGACGCGCUCGCCCGGCCGCGCACCGCGUCCUCGGUCGUGGCGGCGCCCCCUAGCGGUCGGGCGGCCGACGCCUCGGGAGCGCAGGGCGGACGGGGCGGGGCGCGGAGUUGGGGAAAAGUUGCCGGAGCGGGAGAGGAAGUGGGCAGAGCGGAGCUGCGCGGCCCGGGGCGCCAUGAGGGUCCGCACGGCCGCGAGGUGGACCUGGGCGGGCCGGAGCUGCGCGCUGCUGGCGCUGCUCUCCGCGGCGUACGUGCUGGUGGAGAUCUCGGUAUCCGCCUUCCAGGGCGCCCCGGAGGACGGCCGCGCUCAGGAGCGGGGCUCCAGGAGCCUCGCCAACCUUCAGAAAAUUUCAGAGGAUUUGUCCCGACCGCUCUACGAGAAGCCCCCAGCCGAUACCCACGCGCUGGGCGAGUGGGGGCGAGCGAGCAAACUCCAGCUCGGCGAGGGGGAGCUGAAGCAGCAAGAGGAACUCAUCGAGAGGUAUGCCAUCAACAUCUACCUCAGUGACAGGAUUUCCCUGCACCGCCACAUAGAGGACAAAAGAAUGUAUGAGUGUAAAUUCAAGAAGUACGACUACAGGAGGCUUCCCACCACCUCCGUCAUCAUCGCCUUCUACAACGAAGCCUGGUCCACCUUGCUGCGCACCAUUCACAGCGUUCUGGAGACUUCCCCCGCCGUCCUGUUGAAGGAGAUCAUCUUGGUGGAUGAUUUGAGCGACAGAGUGUAUCUGAAGACACAACUGGAAACUUACAUCAGCAAUCUGGAUCGAGUCCGCUUGAUCAGAACCAAUAAGCGAGAGGGCCUGGUCCGGGCCCGCCUAAUCGGAGCCACUUUUGCCACUGGCGAUGUCCUCACCUUCCUGGAUUGUCACUGUGAGUGUAACUCCGGCUGGCUGGAACCACUCCUGGAAAGGAUUGGCGGGGAUGAGACAACAGUCGUUUGUCCUGUGAUAGACACCAUUGAUUGGAAUACUUUUGAGUUCUACAUGCAGACAGGGGAGCCUAUGAUUGGGGGGUUUGACUGGCGGUUAACGUUCCAGUGGCAUUCUGUUCCCAAACAUGAAAGGGAGAGGCGGACCUCAAGGAUUGACCCCAUCAGGUCGCCCACUAUGGCCGGAGGGCUGUUCGCCGUCAGCAAGAAAUACUUUGAGUACCUGGGGACCUACGACACGGGCAUGGAAGUGUGGGGAGGUGAAAACCUCGAGCUGUCUUUUAGGGUGUGGCAGUGCGGUGGCAAAUUGGAGAUCCACCCGUGUUCUCACGUGGGCCAUGUGUUCCCUAAGCGGGCGCCCUAUGCUCGCCCCAAUUUCCUACAGAAUACUGCUCGGGCAGCAGAGGUGUGGAUGGAUGAAUACAAAGAGCAUUUCUACAAUCGAAACCCUCCAGCACGGAAAGAAGCUUACGGUGAUAUUUCUGAAAGAAAAUUAUUACGAGAACGGCUAAAAUGCAAAAGCUUCGACUGGUAUUUGAAAAAUGUGUUUUCUAAUUUACACGUCCCAGAGGAUAGACCAGGCUGGCACGGGGCUAUUCGCAGUUUGGGGAUCUCUUCUGAAUGUUUAGAUUAUAAUUCACCUGACAGCAACCCCACAGGGGCUAACCUUUCACUGUUUGGAUGCCACGGUCAAGGAGGCAAUCAGUUCUUUGAAUACACUUCAAACAAAGAAAUACGGUUUAAUUCCGUGACUGAGCUGUGUGCGGAGGUUCCUGAGCAAAAAAAUUACGUAGGGAUGCAGAACUGUCCUAAAGAUGGGUCUCCUGCCCCAGUAAACAUCAUUUGGCAUUUUAAAGAUGAUGGGACCAUCUUCCAUCCACAUUCAGGACUUUGCCUUAGUGCUUAUCGGACACCUGAGGGCCGACCUGACGUGCAGAUGAGAACUUGUGAUGCCCUAGAUAAAAAUCAGAUCUGGAGGUUUGAGAAAUAGCAGGGGCCCAAGGCCACUUUUAUCUGGAGCUAAGGAGAGCAUCAGGAAAGUCAGAGCCUCAGUAAAGACAGUGGUUUGUCAGCAGUCACCCAACUGCAAGAGCACCAGAGAGCUGAGGUUCAUUUUGGAAUGUUACCCUAAAACGGGGGUGCACGGAGUGCUGCUGUUCAGUAAUUCAAAGUGCCUUUCCUAUGGCUCCUUUCGUUUGAGAGCUUUGCCAGUGUGUCUCUUCUUAGAAAAUAGCUGACUGUGAAUUCAGAUGCACAAAACACUCAAGUGUCAGACUUGCUAUUAAAGAAUGUGAAAGUCCAAGUAAAUGAACGUGCGUUUGUAGCUAUGGCUAUUAUGGUUACUUAGCAUUUGGAUUUCUUUUAAGGUGGGACCUAAAUCCUAGGGUUUGUUUAUUUGUUAAACUGAUUUUUCCCUAAUCAAAUAGAAGUCAAAGGAGGUUGAUCUUAAGGAGGGAAAGGGCGGGUUUGGAUCUAUCCAUAAAUAGAUAUGUGGUGGGAUUGGAAGAGAGUAUUACUUUGAAUGUGAGGCUGAAAGUCUUUUUAAUGUAGAAAUCUCAAAAAAACUACCUGUGACUGAAUGAGAUGGAGAGAGAUUUACAUUCCACACUUGUACCCUUAAGUCAUCAGACUUAACUGAUCUGUAUGUAUCGAUACCUCGAACAGCCCUGAUUUUUAAAAGCUGUUCCAUGAACUUGUUUAUUAUAGGGCAUUUUCUGAUUGCACUUCCUUAAGUUAUGAAUGUAUGAGAAAGAAAUCCUUCACAAUACUGUGCCUCCUUUUGUGAAUGCUUAAUCAUGUAAAGUAAACACAGUUGAGGCCUCUCUGAAGUGAAACCCAACUGUGUUUACUAAAAUGUGUGAAACAAAGUGAGCCCAGUUCUACCAAGGCUAUGGCACUCUCCUGUGAACUUGCACAGGUUUGGACAUCGAGGGGCUUUGCAAGAUCACAUGGAAACAAGACUGCCUUGGCCAUUGUGAGUACUGCUUUGUAGCCCGUUUUCAGUACCUAACCUGGCACUUAUGCGCUUUCAGUAGAUAGAUGGCUGACUGAUGGAUGUAGGACUGGCUCACCCAGGCAAUGUGACUUUGAUCAAGUCAUUGAACAUACGUGGGCCUGGGUUUCCUGGUCUGUGGGCGCUGGGUCAGAUCUUAACGAUCCCUUCCAGCUUUGCAAUGUUGAUUGUAUAUUCUCCCUUUAUUAGAUUCAGUUACUUUAUAAGUGCUACAACAUUUUUAAUCCCUUCACUUUAACAUAGGUAAUGUUGAACAGUUGAGCAACAUUCAGUUCAUUUGUAAAGCUGGAAAAAGGAAAUGAUUUUAAAUAUUAAGUGAGGGCUGAGCGGGUAGCUCAGUGAUAGAAGAACACUGUGCUUGAAGGCAUGAGGCCCUGAGUUUGAUCCCCAACACUGGAAAAGAAAAAAAAAAUUUUUUUAAAGUGAGCUGAGCUCACCUGAACUGGUAUAUUUCUGUGGGUAUAAAACUGUAGUUACUUCUUGUAAUCAGCUAUAUAAUUUUGACAAUUGUUGAGCCAAUUUUGUUUUUAAAAAUUCAAACUCUAAAAGUAAUUUUUGACUAAGAAUAUAAACUUUUUCCAAACUGAAUUACUUGAGAGAUAAAUAUAUAUAUUUUUAUUAAAGUAUCUUUUACUAGUUUCAUACCAAUGUUAAAUAUCCAGAGACCACAGGCUGCAUCUGUUACUAAACUAAACUCAGUUAUAUUUCACUUUGGGCUGGAUUAAAGCAUCAGUCCACUGUACUCGUAAGUAAAUUAUUUUAAAUAUUUACAUGAUGAAUUGGAGAGUAGGAAGUUCGCAAAAUCUAAAUUUGAGCAAAUUGCUUAAGGUGACCAUUUGGAAAAUUAAAAUUGCUGUGCAGUUGUUUUGCUUUUGCCUCUUAAAAUGAAAGUAUGUUGAUAAUUACUGUACGUUAUCCAGCAGCCGUAACAUUUAUCAAACACCUGCCUGGAUCCCAUAUGUGAUAUAUGUGUCCCAGAUUUAACUUAUAAAUAUUGAGACUUUUCAUGAGCUUCUCCUAACCCAUUCUCUCUGUUGCCCUGCCUCCUUUUUAAAAUAAUUUUUGUAUUUUACUGAUUUGUAAACAUCGCUUUUUAAAAAAUUUUUGUUGUUCUUUUUAGCCCCCUAUCAUGUGGGAGGAUUAAAAUGAACAUAUUCUGGGACUAUUAUUGGAAGUUUAUUUUAGUACUUUGACACUCCUAUCAAAAGGGAAAUGAGGCAUUUAAGAGCAAAGCACUUAAUUUGUUAUUUGCUUCUUGUCCUAAUUUGGUGGGUGUGACUUAGUAAUAUUUUUGGAAAAAUAUUUUAGGCUGGUGCCUUAUUUUUGUCAGCGAUCAGAGUGGUUAGGCUAUUCAUUCCUUAUUGUAGUAUGUGUAACAGGAAGGAGAUUUUCAUGUUUUUGUACCCAGGCAAGUUCCAAUUUAAUAUCAAAACUACACUGUAAUGCUGCAUACAAAAUAUAUUUUGAUUCUUUAAUUCUAAUUUAUUGGUACCAAAGCUCUCUUUUGCUAUAGACAAUUAAGAGUUGACCUUUUAAGCUAAUUUUACUUGCUCGGUAAUAGUUUUUUGAAAUAGUUGAUGAGCAAUUAAUUUCCACUUUAAAGUCCACUGUCAUUUAGUGAUCAAUUCUGUGAAUGGAUUGAUUGUCUAUGUAAACAUUUUUAGCAGUUAUUUUUAUUUAUAAUUCAUAAAGAUCUCUAUAACUCAAAAUAACUUUUUUGUAAAAGAAAAUUUGUUUACUCGUCCAGGAGUAGGCUCUUCUGUCUGUGUUAUAUGCUAGCAAAUCAAGAAUUUGCUAGGUAGAAGACAAGAUUUAAGUAUAUUUGUAGUUAUUUUAGGAUCUCAGUUUUAGUUAAUAAAAUACUUAGUUUUGAUUUGUCUUUUUAAAUUGUUUUAAUAAUAUUUUAAAUGAGCACAAAGAAUGUUAAAGUUCAGACUGAUCUCUUUAAAAGGUGAUUUUUUUUUCUGUGUGAUGAACAGUUUCUCCUCUUGCAUUAAUGGUUUUGUAAUGCUGGUUAAGACAUACAAAAUAAAAUGUGUGCCUACUUAUUUUUGCAAA